GGCCAUGACCCUGAGAGGUUGCCGUACGCGGAUAAGACGUUGCGCGUGCGCAGACGCUCAGCGCUGAGGCCGGCCGGAAGCCAAGAUGGCGUAUAGGUGUUCUCCAGGCCGCAGUCUGCGCCUUGUCGCUCUCUGAGCGGGUAUUUUGUAAGGGGCUGUGGCAAACGCCCUCUCUGCCGUCAUGGCCCGGCAUCGGAAUGUCCGAGGCUAUAACUACGAUGAAGAUUUUGAAGAUGAUGAUCUCUAUGGCCAGUCUGUAGAGGAUGAUUAUUGUAUUUCGCCAUCAACAGCUGCUCAGUUUAUUUACUCACGACGUGACAAACCUUCAGUUGUUGAACCUGUAGAAGAAUAUGAUUAUGAAGAUUUGAAAGAAUCCUCCAAUUCUCUUUUGGACCAUCAGCUAAGUGGAAUUGAUCAAGCUCGUCUUUAUUCAUGCCUUGAUCACAUGAGAGAGGUACUUGGAGAUGCUGUGCCAGAUGACAUAUUGAUUGAAGCAGUUCUGAAGAACAAAUUUGAUGUGCAGAAGGCUUUAUCAGUGGUUCUGGAGAAAGAUAAAAUCCAGAAUUUGAAAGUCAAGCAUGAGGCAGCAAUACCUACAGGAAAGAUAGCAAAAGGAAAAUCGAUAGAUUCCCAGUCACCUCGAAGUGAAUCAGAUGUUGUGCCAAAAGUUGCUAAAAUGACUGUAUCUGGAAAGAAGCAAACUAUGGGAUUCGAAGUGCCUGGAGUAACUGCUGAAGAAAAUGGUCAUAAUUUCCACACACCUCAAAAAGGACAUUCUAGUGAAGAUAACACUGUCAUUUCUUCUGAUGUACUUGAGACCGUUUCCAAAUCAGCUCUUCCAUCCCACACCAUUCAAGCAUCAGAAGAGCAGAGCUCAACACCAACACCAGUGAAAAAGUCUAGCAAACUGAGGCAGCAAAUAGAUAUCAAAGCGGAACUGGAGAAGCGGCAAGGAGGAAAGCAGCUCCUCAACCUCGUGGUCAUUGGUCAUGUUGAUGCUGGGAAAAGUACUCUGAUGGGCCAUUUGCUUUAUCUUCUGGGUAAUGUAAACAAAAGAACUAUGCAUAAGUAUGAACAAGAGUCUAAGAAGGCUGGCAAAGCUUCAUUUGCAUAUGCAUGGGUCUUGGAUGAGACUGGAGAAGAAAGGGAAAGGGGAGUAACAAUGGAUGUUGGUAUGACAAAGUUUGAGACUACAACCAAAGUUAUUACAUUAAUGGAUGCUCCAGGCCAUAAGGAUUUCAUUCCAAAUAUGAUUACAGGAGCAGCCCAGGCAGAUGUAGCUGUUUUAGUUGUAGAUGCCAGCAGGGGAGAGUUUGAAGCCGGAUUUGAGACUGGGGGACAGACACGAGAACAUGGCCUCUUGGUUCGUUCUCUUGGAGUAACCCAGCUUGCUGUUGCAGUCAAUAAAAUGGAUCAGGUUAAUUGGCAACAAGAAAGAUUUCAAGAGAUUACUGGAAAGCUUGGGCACUUUCUUAAGCAAGCAGGUUUUAAGGAAAGUGAUGUAGCUUUUAUCCCUACAAGUGGUCUCAGUGGUGAAAAUCUAAUCACAAGAUCUAAAUCAAGUGAACUUACAAAAUGGUAUAAAGGACUAUGUUUAUUAGAACAAAUUGAUUCCUUCAAGCCCCCUCAAAGGUCUGUUGAUAAGCCUUUUAGAUUAUGUGUGUCUGAUGUUUUUAAAGAUCAAGGAUCUGGAUUUUGUGUAACUGGUAAAAUUGAAGCUGGUUAUGUCCAAACUGGUGACCGACUACUAGCAAUGCCUCCUAAUGAAACUUGCACUGCUAAAGGAAUCACUCUGCAUGAUGAACCUGUCGACUGGGCAGCAGCGGGCGAUCAUGUUAGUCUUACGUUGGUUGGGAUGGAUAUCAUCAAAAUCAAUGUUGGCUGCAUAUUUUGUGGCCCCAAAGAACCCAUUAAGGCUUGCACGCGUUUCAGAGCCCGAAUCCUCAUCUUUAAUAUUGAAAUUCCUAUCACUAAAGGAUUUCCUGUGCUGUUACACUACCAAACUGUCAGUGAACCCGCCGUUAUUAAACGAUUGAUUAGUGUUUUAAACAAAAGCACCGGUGAAGUGACAAAGAAGAAGCCUAAAUUGUUGACCAAAGGCCAGAAUGCAUUGGUGGAGCUACAGACACAAAGACCAGUGGCUCUUGAGCUAUACAAAGACUUUAAAGAGCUGGGAGGUUCAUGCUUCGCUACAGUGGUUCUACCAUAGCUGCUGGUGUAGUCACUGAGAUAAAAGAAUGAUGGGUCCGAAUUUCUAUCAUGUUUCUAAAAUGCAAUGAAAUAGCCAACCUCCAUUUUUAAAGAAUCCAGUUAUUCAGUUAAAGCAACAAUGUGCAACUGAUAUUUUUUUAAAUGAGAGAGAAAAUUAAAGUUAUAAUCCACUGCAAAGAAGUAUUAUUCAUCACUCCUACAAAAAUUUCAAGUUGCCAACGGGCAAAAAAAGGCUAAUACUGCACUUUCAUUUAAAAAACUAGAUUUUCCUUUGAAAUGUUAAUAAAUGGAUUUACCUUGCUGAGAUUUAUGGAAACUAUCAGAAAAAUGUGUUAGAAGACAUUGAAUUAUCAUGAAGUGAACUCUACUUCCAGCCAAACUACAGAAUGUUUACAGUUUUCUCUUUUGAUUUUUAACUCUACGACACAUUUUUAAGGAAAAAAAAUAUUAAAAUGGGUUAUUAAGGUAGUUAAUAUUUGACCUGAGCAGGUUUUUUUUUUUGUUUUUUUUGGUCAACUCUAAGAUUUGCUGAAGGUUAAAAUAAAGGUAUUUUGUGUUGAGCAUAAGAAUGUUCCUUCAACAAGCAACCAUUUGAAAGUUUAGUUUGGAAUUAGUGGAAAUUGUUCUAUGGUAACCAAGAUAUUAUUUAAGGUGUAAGGCCAGCUAAUAAAAUGCCUUAGUUUGAGCAUAA